AUGGAAAAAAAUUUCUCAGAGAAAUAUGUAAGCUUUCAAAAUAAUCCGAAGCAGUUGAAUGCUUCUCAAAAAAUAUUUGAAUGGAUUUUUAAUUAUCCUCUUUUUAAUGAAAUUCGGAAUACUAACUUGUCUAAUCAAUUGGGAGGUCUAGAAGUAAAGAGACAUAUUCAUCAUAAAGAAUUACAAACAACAGUGAAGAAAAAAAAUUCUAAAAAUAGUAUCACCAGUUUUAAUUUAAGAGAGUAUAAUGAACUUACAACUAAUCUAAUUAAAAAUGAAAUAACAACAAAAGAUUAUAGUUUAAUAAAUAAUAAUAAGUUUUAUAUAAAUAUCAUAAAAAAAAGUGAAAAAAUAUAUAACGGCUAUUAUGAAAAGUUAAAGAAUGAAAAAAAAAAUAAAUUAAUUUUUGAAAAAGCUAAAGAAAAAUAUUUAAGAAAAAAAAAAGGCGUGAGAGAAGAUUCUCGUUUACAUAUUAUUUUAGAGAAAAAUAUAAAUAAAGAAGAAAGCUUGCUGCUAAAAGAAAAAUUUAAUCCCUUUUUUAAUUUUUUUGGAAAUGAAAACAAAAAUAUUUAUCAUAGUAGUAUAAAUUUUUCUUUAAAAACAAAUAUACAAUUAAACAAAUAUUUUUAUAAAGUAAUUUUAAAUCAGCUUAACUAUUACAAUAUUAAAAAAGAUAUAUAUAUAAACAUUUUAAAUAUUGUAAAUGAAAUAUCAAAAUAUUAUUAUAGCUAUGAUUACGAUAUUUUAAAUAAUAUAAAGAUAAAAUACUUCCCUUAUAAAAAAAUAGGAAAUAGUUUUUAUAUAAAUGGUUUAGUAUUUAGUAAUUGUUCUAUAUAUUUCAAUAAUGUAGAAAUUGAAAACCCCAAGAUAUUAUUGUUAGAUACAAAAAAAAAAAUAAAAUAUGAAAAAUUAGAGAAUUAUUAUAGUUAUAAUUAUAAUUAUUACUUGUGGAAAAACUUGUCUAACAGGUUUUUGAAUAUAAUUUUAAUUCAUGGGGAGCUAGAUUUUUAUAUUAAAAAAUUAUUAAUUAAUAAGAAAAUAUAUUUUUUCACUAGUAUAAAAAAAAAAAAUAUGUAUCGUUUAUCAAAUAUUUUACGUGUACAAAUUUUAAAUUAUGAAAAUUUUCUAAAUUUUGAUAAUAGUUAUGUAGCAAAAGCGAAUUAUUUCAAAAUCCAAAAAUACAAAAAAAAUGUAAAAAAUAUUUUUCUUUCUUGUAGUAAUAAAUUUUUAACCAUAUGUAUUUUCGGAAAAAAAGAAAUUAGUGAAAAUGUAUUAGUAAAUGAAAAUGAGAAUUCUGAUUGUUCAAAUAUUCAAGAGAGUAAUAUAAAGAAUAGAACAAAAAAUACUACGAUUUUUGAUGACUAUUUUAAAAGGGAAGUUGAAAAGGAAAACAUUUUAGAUAACUUUAUAAAUGUAUAUUAUAUAAAUAAAAAUGAUGAUUAUGUUAUAGAUUAUUUUUUUUUAAAUAAAGAAAAAAAAAUAAGCUUUUCAGGUAAAGAGAAAAGAGAAAAUAAAAAAAAUUUACUAAUAAAUCAUCUUAAAAAUGUAAUUAUAAUUAAAAAAAUUAAAAAAAUACUAAAAUUUGUUAUAUUUUUAAGUUUUUAUGUUUAUAAACAGAUAUAUUUGAAUAAUUAUAUGGAUAGAACGCUUAUAUCAUUAUCUAAUGAAAAUAUAAAUACAAUUAGAAUGUAUGAUAAAAAUUACAAUAAUUUGAAUUUCUUAAUUUUAUAUUCUUCAUUUUUUUUUAUUUAUCCAACAAAAAAAAAAAUAACCCCAAUAAAUUUAAUGUCAAAUCUAUUUCAUUUAUUAAACAUUAAAAGCCCCUUGAAGCAUGAAAGAAUAAAUAUUUUAUAUAAAUUAGUAAAUACAAAGAAAAUUAUUAAGGAACAGAUAUAUAAUAAUUAUGAAUAUUGCUUUUUUUCUUCAGAAAAAAAUAAAGUAAUAGAUAUUGUAAAUUUUUUCCUUUUUAAUAACUUUAUGAAAAAUUAUGAAAGUAACUGUGAAUAUAUUUUUUAUUAUUUAAAAAUUAUAAAUAAUACUUAUUUAUAUUAUAACCAUAAAAAUAUUAUUAUGGAUGAUUCAAUUAUUUUAAAUAGAUCAAAUCUUUUAAGUGAUAUGAUUCCUAUUGAUCAAAUAACAGUUAAAAAUAAAAUUAAUGAAAAAGUAGAAAACAUAAUUGCAGAAAAUAUUUUAUUUUAUUCUUAUGACUUUUUGUCUUCUAAAAAUAUAGAAAUGAUUAUUUAUUUUAUUUGCCCGAAUUAUAUAUUUAUAAAUAAUUUAUAUAAUAAUAUAAACAUAUAUUUGUUUGAUAAUCAAAGUAAUAAUAGUAAAAAAUUGUUUUACAAUUUUUUUUUCAAUUAUAAAUAUAUUUAUGAUAUAUCCAUCCAACAGUUUAUUUAUAUUAUGCAUUCUUUAAGCUUCAAAUUAAAAUGCCCAUUUGAUCUAUGUAGAAAUUAUCUAUGCUAUCAUCAGAUAUGUAUUCAAAUUUUUUUAAAAAAAGUAUUAAUUAUAAUUAAAAAAGAAAAAAAUGAUAACUUAGAAGACAACAUAGUUUUAAAUAUUAUUUGUAACAAAUGUUAUUGUGUAAAUGAAAAAAAUAUAAAUUUGAAUUUUUCUUUUAGUGAGUUCUUAUUGUGUAUCAUACAUUCAGAUAACUAUAUAAAUAGAUACUGUAAUCACAAUGGUAAAUAUAAUAGCUAUGCAUUAUAUUUUAAAAAUGUAAAAAUAAUUUUUCAAGUACAUGAUAAUAAUAUUUACAAGAGUAUUAAUCCAUUUAAGACAAUACGUAUGAAUAAAUCUAGCAAUGAAGAGAUGAACAAUAAUGAUGCUCAUAAUAAUGAAAUGCCUUUAAAUUACAUAAAUAAAAAUAAAUCAGAAAAAAAACUGAAAAAUUAUAUUAAAAAAAAUAUAAAAAAUAUCAUACAUAAUAAUGUUUUUUACUAUUAUCCAUGCAAAUGUCUGACCAAAAGAUAUAAUUUAAAAAAAAAAAAGAAAAAAGAAAAAAGUUGUACAAGUUUUAAUCUAUAUAGUAUUAUAGAAAAUUUUCCAAAAUACAACAACUCAAUGCUACCUAUGUAUUCAUCAUUAAAAUUUUUAAUUUAUAAUUACGCGGUAAAAUAUUAUAGAUCAAAAAAUAAACAUUUAUAUAUGAAAACAAAUGAAAAAAUUAAAAAAGAGAAUUUUCAUAACCCUUGUUCACCAUUAUAUUUUAAAAAUCAAUGUAAAAAAUGUAAAUAUAUAAAAAUUUCUAAUUUUUCUACCUUAGUUUUUUUUAAUUCUCUAUUUGUUAUUAAAAGAAUAUUUUAUAAUUUCUAUUCUCUAAUUAGUUUUCUUAUUGAUUUAUUAAAUAAAAAUAUUUUUAUAAAAAUAAAUGAGAUAAGGUAUAUAUUAAAUAACAGAACAAGCUGCUUUAUUGAUGAUAAUUUUUUAUCAACAAAAGGAGAUUUAAAAAAAAAAAAUAAUAAUCAAGAUAGCAUUGGUGAUAUAAUGAAUAAUGAAUUUAUUGGAAAUAAAGAAGUUUCCAUAAGUAAAACUUUAAGAUCAAAAUCUGAUAAACUGAGUAAAUAUAUAAAUGAUGUUGAUACACAAAAUUUUAUGAAUAAAAAUGAUGAAGAAAUAAAUAAUAAUACUAUUGAAAUAAACAAUAAGUACAUAGAAAUAAAAUCAAGAGAAAUAACUAAUUCAGAUACUAAUUUAAUUACUUCUGAAUCUUAUAGUAAUAUUAUAGAUUUAGAAGAUUAUAGCAAAAAAAAAAAAAAUUUAAUAAAAGAAUAUUUAUUAUUUAAAAAAUUGAAAAACGUAAUUAGGCAUUAUAAAAAAUACUUAAUUAAAGUAUUAAUUAAUUUUUAUUUUUAUGGCAUUGUAAAUUUAACAAAAAAAAAAUUUUCAUUGGAAAUAGAAAUUUUCUUCUCUUAUUAUAUAAUGAUAUUAGAAAAAAUAAAUAUAGAAAUUCAAAAAAAUAUUGAAUAUAUAGAAGAACUAAGAAGUAAAGAAAAACUGGAAUACCUGCAUUUUACAAAAAAUAUAAAUAAAAAACUGAAAUCUUUUAUUUUUGAUUUUAAUAAAAAAGAAAAGAGAAAAAAAAAAGGAAACAAGAAAAAAAAAUAUAUAUAUAAAUUAGUAAGUAUAAACGAAGAAAAUUAUUCCCAUUUAAAUCCCCCAUAUAAUACAAAUUCUAAUAAAAUAAAAAAAGAGAAAAACAAUUUUCAUUAUUUUUCUUGCAAAAAUGACAUAGCCAAGUUAUAUAUAAAAGAAAAAAACUAUAUAUAUAAUAUAGAAAAUUAUAGAAGAAAAAAAAAUAUAUAUUUUGCUAACAAGGAGGAUUAUGAAAACGAAAACAAAAAACCCUUUUAUUUACAUAUAUCAAAGAUAGUAAAGGAAGAAAAAAAAAAUUUUAACAACAAAAAAACAAAAGGAAAAAAAAAAAGAUGUAUAUUUAUAUUUAAACCAAAUGACACAUCAAAUAUAAUAUUCCACUCUCUAAUAUCAAACAAUUACAAAAAGAAAUUAAAAGAAAUUUAUGAAAAAGAAAAGAAAGUAAUAUUUGAAGAAGAUAACAUAUCAAACAACUGUAAAAAGAUAACUACAAAAAAAAAUAUGCUUAGUAAUAAAAAAAAGAAAUAUCCAUAUAAGGUACAUUAUAAUGAUAUUGAAAAAUAUUUAAACAAAAGUAUACAAAAAUUACACAAUAAUUUUUAUGAUGAUAAUGUGAAGGAUUUUUUAAAUUGUAAAAAUAAUGAUAUGAUCACAAUUUUUCUAAGUAAUAAUAUUUGUGUUUAUAUUUAUUUUCCUAUACAAUUUCAUUAUUUAAGAAAAUUCUUAUGUGAAAAAGAAAUAUACUUUUUGAAAUCUCUAAAAAAAAGUAAUUACAUAAAUUUUGACUACAAGAAAAAGAAUUUCGCAAAAACAUAUGAUAGUAAGUAUAUUAUAAAAGAAAUAAAUAGACACGAAUUUAAAUCAUUUUUUAAUAAAUUUAAAGAGUUCUUUCAACAUUUUUCAGAUAUUUUUUUCAAAUUUAAAAAAUCAUUGUUGUGCUUUAUGUAUGGUUUGUAUCAAAUAGAAAUAAAAAAAAAAAAUAAAAAAACAGUAAAAACUUACAUAAUUUUAGAAAAUGUAAGGAUUAAUAACAAGAAUUCAAAAAUUUUAAUUUUUGAUAUAAAAGGUGCAAGAAAAAAAAAAAACUUACAGAAUUUACUUAUGCAAAACAACAAAAAAUCCUCUUUUUUUGAAAAAAGAGAGAAAAUUCCAUUAAAUACAACUAAAAUAAAAGAGGAGGAAUAUUUAUCAGGUAAUAAAUUAUCUGAUAUAUCUAUGAAUUUAAAAUAUCUUACAAAAUAUUUAAGAAAAGAAAAAAAAAAAAUAAAUAAAUAUAAUCAUGAUAAAACUGAAGAACAUAAAAAUAUCUAUAAUAGAAAUAGUUAUUUAGAUUUUCUUUUAUUAGCUAGAUCAGAUAAAUUAAAGGGAAAAAAAGAAGGGGAAAAAGAAAAAGAAAUGGGAAAAGAAAAUGAAAAAGAAAAUAAAGAUAAAAAGAAAAAUGAAUUACGUAGAACUAAAAUUAAUGAAAAAGGUUCAGAUAUGAAAAAGAAAAAUAGAAACAAUGAAAAAUGUUCAAACAAUAUAAACGAACAUAUGAAUAAAGAAAAAAAAAUGAAUGGUAAUAGUAAUACAAAUCAGGAAAGGAUAAAUAAAUUUUUUAAAAGGCAUAAAAAGAAAAUAUUAAAUGGGUAUUAUUCUGAUAUAAAAUCGCUAAAAAAUUAUACAACAAAUAUAAAAUUAAAAAAAAAUAUUUUCAAUAGUAAAGAAGAGUCUACGUGGAAUAAUUUAAAAAAAAUAGAUAAAGAAGAAAAUGAGAUGAAUAAAAAACGCACACAAAAAAAUGAUAGCUUUUUAAAAGAAAUGGUUCAAAAUAUAAAAAUGUACAUAUUUUUAAACCAUAGAAUAUUAAAAAUCAAGAAAAAAAAAAAAAAUCACAAAAUAAAAUUUAAAAAAAACCUUAAUAAUAAAUGUUUGUAUAACACAAAAUUGUCUUUACAUUUUUUAUCAAAAAAAAAAGAGCAAAUUUUAAAUAAAGAAAAUUUAAAUAAUUAUAAAAUUAAACAUAAGAAUACAAGUGAAGAAACAUAUGAUCUAUUAUAUAAAGAACCAAAUAACAAUAAAAAUUUUGAAAGUUCUAACUCUAUAGAAAAGUAUAAUCAUUUUACAAUAGAUAAUUACAAUACAUUAAGAAAUUAUUAUGUUUUAUUUGAUGAUAACUUUAAAGAUUUUAUUAAAGCAAAGGUGAUUAAUUUAGAAUAUAUUGAUUACAAAUAUUUAAUUGAUUCAUUAAAGAAUGAUACUAAUUUUUUAUCAUCUCAUGAUAUAAUGGAUUAUUCACUACUUAUACACAUAGAUAUUUCUAAUUUUCAAAUUGCAUUUAAAAUUAUUGAUUAUUUACGACCUUAUACUUGGGACAAAUCUGUAGAAAAUUUUAGCAAAAGUGUAUUAUAUUUAACUAAAGGAUAUAGACCUACUAUAAUACAUUCAGAAUAUUAUAAAAAAAGAUUUCUAAGUAAUAUAAAAAAAUAUUUUUUUUAUUAUAUUCCUUUAUACACACUAAAAAAAAAAAAUGUUUUUAAAAUAGCUAGUAGAAAUAAUACUUUUUCUAUUGUUAACUUGAAUGAAAAUCAUCCAUAUAAAAAUUACUUUUUUUACUUCCUUUUUAAUAUAAUAAUAAGAUAUUAUAAUAAUGACAAUGUUUACAACAAAUAUUUUUAUAUAGAUGAGAAACUUAAUGGUGACUCCUGUUUUACAAAAAAUCUCUAUUCUCAAAAAAAUAUUUUUGCUUUUUUAAAUUAUUACUUAAAAGAAUAUGCUACAAAAUAUAUUGAAGAAAAAAAAAAAAAAGAUAAAAAUAAUUUCCAUCUUUAUUUCAGCAACGUAAAUAUAAUGAAUUCAUAUAUUUACGAAACUUAUUCUAAUUAUUUAAAAAAUCAGUUAAUACAGCAUGAUAAAGUAUUGGAUGAUGAUAUAGCUGCAUCAUAUAAUUAUGAAAUUAAAAGUAAAUUUAUCUAUCCAAAUAAAGAAUUUUCAAGUAAAAAUAUUUAUGAAAAUGAGCAUUUUUGUGAUCCUAUAUUUCCCUAUUAUGCAUUAGAAAAAUAUAAAACAUUAAACAGUAAUAAUAAUAAUUUCUCAAUUAUUGAUAAGAAUGAUUUAUAUUAUGUGAAAAAUGUUGGAAUUCCUGAUAAAAUAAAUUAUUUAUUCGAAGCACAAGGAUUAUCGCAAAAUUUUUUCAGUAUACAACAGUCUUUUAAUAAAAAACUCUACAAACAGCUAAAAAAAAAGUUUUAUAAAAAAAUAACAGAGCUUCAAAUAAAAAUUCUAAAAAAAUUACAAAAAAAUAGACUAUAUAUAGAAAAUAUUUCAUACUAUGUCAACAAUAAUGUAUAUAUAGAAAUGAAUGAUAUUAAUAUGCACUAUACAAAUAUUAAUUAUUUAGAUGCUUUUAAUAUUUAUAAUAUAUGUGGAAAAAAACUUAAUAAAGGUAGAAAAAAAAAGGAUAAAAAAAAGGAAGAACUAUUUUUAUACAUUCCUUCUUAUUUUCUUUUUAUUUUAAAUAAAAAAUAA